AUGUCUCAGAACCCAGAGCCCCUCAAGCUGGGCACCCAGAGCCUGUCUCAGUUUGCUACGCGGCAGGUCCAGGUCCCUACCUACAACCGAGAUGACGUCAAGGAGGGCAUUGUCCACAUCGGCGUCGGCGGCUUCCACAGAGCCCAUCUGGCCGUCUACGUCGACCAGCUGCUGCAGAACCACGGAGAGAGCAACUGGGGCAUCUGCGGUGUCGGAAUCCGAGCCAACGAUGCGGCCAUGCGCGAUGUCCUGAGCUCCCAGGACUACCUCUACACAGUCGUCGAGCGGUCCGCCAAGGGGAGCUUCGCCAAGGUCGUGGGCAGCAUCAACUCCUUCCUCUUCGCCCCUGACAACCGCGAGGCUGUCAUUGCCAAGAUGGCUCACCCAGACACGCACAUUGUGUCCAUGACCAUCACCGAGAGCGGCUACUACUACAACGAGAACACCCAUCAGCUGCAGGCUGAGCACGAGGACAUCCAGCACGAUCUCGCCCACCCCGACGCGCCCAUCAGCACCUUCGGCUUCCUCUACGCCGCCCUGGUCCGCCGUCGCGAGCAGGGCCUCAAGCCCUUCACCGUCCUGUCCUGCGACAACAUGCAGAAGAACGGCUCCAUCAGCCGCUCCAUGCUCGAGUCGUUUGCCCGUCUCCGCGACCCGGAGAUGGCCAAGUGGAUUGCUGAAAACGGCGCGUUCCCCAACUGCAUGGUCGACCGCAUCACCCCCAGCACUUCUCCUAGAGAUAUCCAGUCGCUCAAGGACCAGUCCGGCAUCGAGGACGGCUGGCCGGUCGUCACCGAGCCCUUCAUGCAGUGGGUUGUCGAGGACAAGUUCAGCGACGGCCGCCCGCCCUUUGAGAAGGUCGGCGUCCAGAUCGUCCACGACGUGCACGACGUCGAGCAGUUCGAGAAGCACAAGCUCCGUCUGCUCAACGCCAGCCACUCCGCCAUGGCGUACCCCGGACAGCUCGCCGGCUUCAAGUACGUCCACGAGGUCAUGGAGGUGCCCAUCUACCGCCAGUUCGUCUGGGAGAUGAUGCAGGAGGAGGCCAAGCCCCUGCUGCCCGAGAUCCCCGGCGUCGACAUCGAGGCCUACUGCACCACCCUGAUGGAGCGCUUCUCCAACCCAACCAUCAUGGACCAGAUCCCCCGCGUCGCCCUGGGCGCCUCGGGCAAGAUCCCCCAGUUCAUCAUGCCCUCCGUCGCCGAGGCCAUCUGGUCAAACGCGCCCCUGCGCCGCCUCUGCUUCGUCACCGCCGCCUGGUUCCUCUACAUCAACGGCGUCGACGACAAGGGCAACAAGUUCGACGUCGACGACCCGAUGAAGGAGGAACUGCAGGCCCUGGCCAAGGAGGGCGGCAACGACCCUUCCAAGCUCCUCAGCAUCAAGAUGCUCUUCGGCGACAACCUGCGCAACGACAAGCGCUUCGUCGGGGAGGUCGCCAAGGCCAUGGAGCUCAUCUCCAAGGACGGUGUCAUGGCCACCAUCCCCAAGUAUGUUAACCAAAACUGA